UAUGAGUCUAGUAAAAACGUUUUGUUUUGUGGCAUGCAGUCUGGCUUUAAAUGCUCGGUUGUUGAUGUAUCACGUUUUCCAAUCUUUCCUUCGUGGCAUAUGACAUAAUUUUACUGGCAAGCCCACCAUGGCUGAAAGUAUGAAGUACGUAUUCUGGUCCGUUUUGCUGCUCUUCAUUUCUCGAACUAUUCCGGAUGCCGCGUACGAGAAGUGCUCCCCGUCGUCCCCGUGCCACCCGGACGGCGUGCUUUCGGAGAACUACACCCGGAGGCGAGAGCUGCGCUGUCCGCUGGACGACCUCCGCUGUGACCUGCAGUACCGCGGCAGAGCGGAGUGCGUUAUGCUGGACACGGAGGUGGCGUACCGCAACGCGUCGGGCGCCGGGGUGGUGGCCUCGUCGCACCAGCAGUGCCGCUGCCGGCCGGCCUGGACGGGCGCCGACUGUGCGCUGCCGCGGGACCCGCUGGGGUGGUCCAACUUGUGCUGA